CAACGGUUCCAGACUCAAUCGUGAAACCCAAAUCCGAGAUACUCCAGAGACGUUGGUGGCUUGAAGUACCGGUCACCGGUAAGAACUAGAAUAAGAAUACAAAGAUUGUGGGAACAGGAAGAGACUACCUAGAGAAAGUGUUGAGGAGAGAAGCAGAGGAAUAGCCACAUACAGAACCAUACAGAGCCCGAGAGCAGACCCAAGAUGGCCGUCACCACAACGCAAUCAGCCCUCGUUGGCGGCAACAACGACGACAUUAUCCUAUCCACCGCAGCACCGAUCCCACCGCGGCUCGAUGAUGACCAGGUCGCGGUGGCCGUCAAGGCCAUAGCGCUCAACCCGGUAGAUACCAAGAUGCUCGGUGAUUUCCACACCCCAGGAGCCGUCCUCGGGUGCGAGUUCUCAGGCGUCGUAACGUCCGCUGGACCCGUCGCCACGUCUGAAUGGGGCCUCAAGGAGGGCGACCGCGUGAGCGCCGCCAUCAUGGGUAUGAACCCCUUGCGGCCCCAAGUCGGCGCCUUCUCUGAGCACACCGUCGCGCCCGCCCACGUCGUGUUGAAGGUUCGCGACGACUGGAGCUUCGCCCAGGGCGCCGGCAUGGGCAACGCCUGGUACACCUCCGGAUGGGCCCUCUUCCACACCAUGGGCCUGCCCGCAGGGGCCCAGCUCGAGCCACUCAACACCCUCGUGCCGCCACCGGAAGUCCCGGGGGUCAAGGCGACGGCCCUGCGCAGCGGCACCAAGCCAGCCACGGUACUGGUCAGCGGCGGGUCCAGCUCAACAGGCACUACAGCCGUGCAGCUGCUCAAGCUGGCGGGCUACCACGUCAUCGCCACCUGCUCGGCGCGCAACUUCGACCUGGCGCGGGAGUACGGGGCAGACGAGGUGUUCGACCACAGCUCGCCGACGUGCGCGGCCGACAUCCGCGAGCGCACGCGCAACGGGCUGCGGUUCGCGCUGGACUGCAUCACCACGCCCGAGACGACGCGCUUAUGCUACGCGGCGCUGGGCCGCUCCGGCGGCCGCUACGUCUCGCUCGACCCCUUCAGCGAGGCCGUCGCCGCGUCCCGCGCCAUCGUCAAGCCCGACUGGGUGCUCGGCCCGGAGCUGGUCGGCGAGGACAUCGCCUGGCCCGAGCCCCACGGCAGGAAGGGCAACCCCGAGGCCAGGGUCUUCUGCGAGGCCUGGACCCGCACCCUGCAGCGUCUCCUGAACGAGGAUCUGCUCCGCACCCACCCGCAGCUCGUGCGGGAGACGGGUCUGGCCGGUGCCCUGGGUGGGCUGGAUGACAUUCGGGCUAAGAAGGUCUCUGGGCAGAAGCUCGUUUACUUGCUGUGA